AGGACUUCCAUAUUUGGACAGCAGCUGGGGAGGCCACCUCCCCCAUCAGCUCCCAUAUAGCUGGGCCAGCGGCUGCUGAGGACCCCCGCAGCUCCCAGUCCCCCAGAGGCAGCUCCCAGCCAAGAGCCCAAGGUUCUGACAACGAUGAGGAAGCAUCUGGGAGGGUGGGGCUUGGCCAUUGUUUGCGUCCUGCUCUUCAGCCUUCUGCCCACAGUCAAGGCGAGAGGCAUAAAGCACAGGAUCAAAUGGAACCGCAAGGCACUGCCCAGCACAGCCCAGAUCACAGAAGCACGCGUGGCUGAGAACCGCCCUGGAACCUUCAUCCGGCAGGGCCAGAAGCUCAGCAUCGACUUCGGGCCAGAGGGCAACAAGUACUAUGAAGCCAACUACUGGCAGUUUCCCGAUGGCAUCCACUACGACGGCUGUUCUGAAGGCAAUGUGACCAAGGAAGUGUUCGUGGCCAAGUGCAUCAACGCCACGCAGGCGGCCAACCAGGGCGAGUUUUCCCGGGAGAAGCAGAACAAGUUGCACCAGCGGGUCCUGUGGCGGCUGAUCAAGGAGCUGUGCUCCAUCAAGCACUGUGACUUCUGGUUGGAAAGGGGGGCUGGAUUUCCAGUCACUGUGGGCCAGCCCAUGGUGGUGCUGUGCCUGCUGAUUUUCACCUGGGUCCUGGUGAAAUAGAUGGCAAGGAGGUGGGUGAUGAUGAGGGGUAGCGUUCCUCCUUCCCCACCCCUCAGCCCAUGGCAUUCUGAAGGUACCAGGAACUGAAUUCCUCAGUGCGUCGACGAUCACAACCAGGUGUUUGCUUGUCCCUGGUAAAUGUGUG